GAUACCAAGGCUCGGGUCUGGUGUCGGAGCUGUGCAGUCUCUGAUUACAAUGGCCGAGAGGACGUAUAACUCCGGGGUUCGGAUCCACAACUGGGCUGAAGACAUUUGCCUGGAGGAGGAAGUCCUCAAAAACUUCAUUAAAAAAAAGGAAAAUGGGGAACUUCUGAUACAAAAGACUGGCUUUUUUAAAAAGAAUCUACUGAAAAAGACUGACCUAGCCAAUUCCUGUGAUGGGACUAUUCAUUUUGGUGACAUGGUGAUGAUUGUUAGUCCAGACAAUCAAGUAAACAGAUUUGGUGGUACCCAUCCCGCCCAUGAGGCACUGUCGCUGGCUCUGAAUGCUGAUGAGAGCAGAUUCAUUAAAGAUAAACGAGUCAUAGGACCAUGUGCAGUGAGUGCCUGCUCAAUAUUAUACCCUUGUAUCAGAAAUACAUUUAUUAUUACAAGUGUUGACGAGUCUACGGAGGGUGAAACACUCAGAUAUGGGCAGCACUUUGCCCUCAGAACAACUGAAGAAUAUGGUGGACAGUUGUAUCUGACUAGUGAUCACAAAACUUUUCAGAAGUAUGCUAAAAACUCGCGGAUGCAGGAAGUAAAUUUGAUUGACAACCCCACAUUCCCGGGUUGUUGGAAGGCUCUAUAUUUAGACCCAGAGAUGCGCCUUGAAUAUGAAGGAUAUCCAGUACCAGCAAAUACAAAAAUACUUAUCAACCAUUGCCGUACUAAUCAUAAUUUGGCACUCCUUUACAAGUUCUUCUUGCGAACAUCUUUUGGAAGAGAAUUUGAAGUCACAACUCAUAGCUUCUUUGACAGCCAUAAGGUUGAGGAAGACGUGAACCACUGGAUUAUUCUUACCGGACAUCCAAACAUUAAGAAUGGCACAAUGCUUCAGAGGUCUAUACCUGUUUGUGAAGAACCAGAACCAAAGACUGAGGAGAAGAUUGAGAAGAAACAAGAUCCAGACUGCAUCCCUUAUAAAGAUGAUUAACUCCUCACCCCUAUGUUUCAGCUGCAUGCACAUUUUCCCAUGUUAUAUACUUUGCCUCCAUGUAGCUAACUGUUUAAUGAGAUUUUUAAAAAUCCAUUCUUUACAUAAUUUAUAACUUUCUCCAGUUCACCAAUAACCUGAACUGCUGGAGCAGUAUCGCUAUCAAUUGUGUUCUCAUUGUCAAUGUUGCUGUGUGUAAACAGGAACCAAUAACAACAUUUUUAAAUAUUCAAAGUUCGUACCCAAUAAAUAGUAGUAUACAGUAACUUUACAAUUUGUUUUAAAGACAACUUGUUAAUUUGCAGUGCAGAAACACACACACACACACACACACGCACACAAACACACACACA